AAAUUAUCAACAAACAAAACCACCAACGCCAACUUAUAAUCACACGGAAUUAGCAUAUGUGUGUUUGGUUUUUACUUUUUUCUUUUCCCAAAACCCCUGGAGAUUUUUAGGAACUAAAAGCAAUGGCUGCAAAUAUUGAGAUUUUAGUUCGCAAGGCAAACAAGGUCUAUCAUGAAGGAGAAAUCAUCAGUGGAGUGGUGGUAGUGGUUUCUCCUUCCGACGUUCGCCACGACGGAAUCACCCUUUUUGCUGAUGGAAAUGUGAACCUGCAGUUGAGCUCAAAGAAUGUUGGCAUAUUUGAAGCAUUUUAUAAUUCUGUCAAGCCCGUGUCUUUGGUGUCGUGCGUGCUGGAGGUGGCCUCGGCCGGCAAAAUCCCAGCUGGAAAAACCGAAAUUCCGUUUGAGUUUCCUCUGCGGGCACGCAGUAGCAAGCCUCUGUACGAAACAUAUCACGGCGUGUUUGUCAGCAUCCAGUAUAUGCUCAAAUGUGAAAUUAGAAGGAGUUUUUUGGCCAAAGAUCUAGUGAAAACGGCAGAGUUCAUCGUAGAAUACAAUCUCAAUAAAUGCCCUAAAUCAGAAUUGAAGCCUGUUCAGUUCGUAAUUUCUCCAGACUCUUUGCAAAAUGUCAAGGAGAGAGCCAGAAUUCCGCGCUUCAAGAUAACUGGGCACCUUGACUCCACAGUCUGCUGUCUCAGAAAGCCUUUCACAGGAGAGCUAAUUGUCCAACACUCGGAAAUUCCAAUUAAAUCAGUUGAACUGCAAUUAGUUAGAGUGGAAACUUGUGGCUGUGCUGAAGGCUACUCUAGAGACGCCACUGAGAUUCAAAAUAUCCAAAUCGGUGAAGGAGACGUUUCAUGCGGAAUCGCCAUUCCGAUUCACAUGGUCUUCCCACGACUUUUUACGUGCCCCACUUUGACAACUAGCAGCUUUAAAAUCGAAUUUGAAGUUAAUAUUGUGGUGAUAUUUCAAGACGAUCAUUUGAUAACAGAGAACUUUCCAAUUGUUCUCACAAGAUCCUAAUAUGGUGUCUUAAAUUUCCAUCUGUCUGCUGUUGCAUUGUGUAAAUAGAAUGAAUUUGUAUUAAAAAACUGUAUUUACAAUGGCUGUUACUAUUUCCAGUAUGUAUGCAAAAAUAAUCUACUGUCGUAUUGCUUAAAAUGGUUUUAGGUUAUAUGUAGAAUAUUCUAUGUGCUGAAAAUUUCUUAUAAUAAAAAUAUGUUUGUCUUUGGAAAAUUUCCCUAUAAUGGUUGUCUCUUCUCAAAUUAAAAUUUAUGUAUUUCUACAAGUCGUUA